GACGAAGAAGAAGAAGAGGAGGAAGAAUAAGAACGAAGAAGAAGAAGAAGAACGAAGAAGAAGAGGAGGAGGAGGAACGAAGAAGAAGAAGAAGAGGAAGAAAAGGAAGAAGAGGAGGAGGAGGGCUCCCUCAGCGCUGUUGAGUCCCAAGACACACACAUGAAGACGAGCGUUUCCAAUUCAGCCGGUUACAUCACCGCCAUCGCAACAAGACAAGGCAACACGGAGGCAACAAGAAUACCUAUUGGAUUUUAUUUAAAAAAUAACACAGAAUGUGAGAUGGCAACAAGCGAGCUGUCGGCAUGGGACGGAUGUUGUCCGUCACAGUUAAAGAUCGUCCUUCUUGGCGGCAGGAACUGUGGAAAGAGCUCCGUGGGGAACUUACUCCUGGGCAAAGAGGAGUUUGUCACCCGAGAGAGGACCACCUGCUCCCGGCGGUCGGGCGCGGCGGCGGGACGGUGGCUCACCGUGGUGGACACGCCCGGCUGGUGGUGCGACUUCGGCGUUCAGGACACGUCGGCGCUGGUGAAGAGGGAGAUCGUGAGCAGCGUGUCUCUGUGCUCGCCGGGCCCGCACGUGUUCCUGAUCGCGGUCAAGGCGAGCUCGGCCUUCUCGGAGAGGCGCCGGCGGGCUGUGGAGGAGCACGUGGCCCUGCUGGGCGAGAGGGUGUGGGGCCACUGCGUGGUCGUCUUCACCCGCGCCGGCGGGUCCGGACUCGCCGGAGCAGCAGAGCUGGUGCACGCGGGAGGGGAGGCUCUCGGCUGGCUCAGUGAGAAGUGCAGCCGGAGGGGUCACAGUGUCGACCUGAGCGGCGACGCCGGCGUCGCCGGGCUGCUCGAGAAGAUACGGCAACUCGCCGGGGAAAAUGGAAACCGGGUGUUUGAAAUGCCGGAAUCCCUGUCGCGGGUGGCCGCAGAGGGGCAGAGGGGAGCGGAGGAGGGAGCUCAGCGGAGGUUGAUGAGAGUGAAAGAACACAGGUCUCUGAUGCGAGAGAGGCUGCAGCCCAUGACGGACAUCAGGGUUGUGUUGGUGGGAGCGAAGGGUUCGGGGAAGACCUCGGCGCUGAACACGAUCCUGGGCCGACGCUGCCUCCAGCCACCCGGGAGAACAGCCCGGUGUCAGGUGGGAGCAGGCGUUGUGUUUGGGCGACGCGUGACUGUGGUGGACACGCCGGGCUGGUGGAUGAACUACUUCGCCGACGAGAGCACCGCCUUCGACCGGAGGGAGCUGGCGCUCGGCUCGGCCCUCUGUCCUCCGGGGCCUCACGUCUUCCUGCUGGUGAUCCGCGCGGACAGGGCCUUCACCGAGACCCACGGGAGGGCGGUGCGGGAGCACCUCCGGCUGAUCGGGGGCGAGCGCGUCUGGGGUCGCGUCGUCGUGCUGUUCGGCUGCGGGGACUGGCUGGCGGGCACCACCACCGAGCGGUACAUCGAGAGCGAGGGGGAGCCCCUGCGGGGGCUCGUCGAAAGGUGCGGCAACAGGUACCACACUCUGAACAACAAGACGAGGGGAGACGGGUUCCAAGUCAGAGAGCUGAUCGGCAAGAUCGAACUGAUGUUUGCCGGGCGCGGCGACCACCGACAUCAUGAAGUGGAGAGGAGUGUGAUGGAGCACGUGAAGGUGAAGAUGAGAGGCGAGAACGAGCGAGCCGAGGAGAGACUGAUGAGGAAGGAGAGGCGCAGGCAGAUGGCGAGGUCUCAGCUGGAGAGGCUCAACCCUCUUCCAGAAAUGAGGCUGGUGCUCGUCGGCGGCAGGAAAACGGGAAAAACCACCUCCUGCGCGGAGAAACGAGGCAAAAUCCGCAGCAAGGUGGUAACAGUGCUGGACACGCCCGGAGGCCUCUCGCUGACCUCUGACCUCCUCGGGGCUCCUUCCUCCUGCGCUAUCCUCCUCGUUGUCAACGUGAGCUCAUCGUUCACAGGCGCCCACGGGGAGGCCCUGGAGAAACAGCUGGAGGCCGCGGGAGGCCAGAUGUGGAGCAGAGCCGCGGUGCUGUUCAGCCACGGCGACUGGCUGGGCGACACGAGCGUCGAGCGGCGCAUCGAGAGCGAGGGGGAGCCGCUGCGGAGGCUCGUCGAGAAGUGCGGCAACCGGUAUCACGUCCUGGAUAACCGACGCGCGCGAGGGGGCGGAGCUCAGGUCGACGAGCUGAUCCAACUGAUGGAGGAGACGCUGGCCGAAGAGAGGCUGACGGCGCUCCGCGGGGGGGAUCGCAUGUGGAGAAGUGUGCAGGAGCCCGACACCGUGACGCUGUGUGAAGAAGAUCUAAAGGUGAACUGUGACGUGACGGAAUCGGCCACUUGCUCGAUACAGAGAACAGGAAACUGCUCCGACGGUGCAGAUGCCGGCGGGCAGAUAGUGGCGGUGCCAGCAGCAGGAGGCCGGGCAGGACUCACCCUCCUGGGCAGAGACACAUUGGUGUCCAUCUUAGCCUCUGUGCUCUCUGGUAGAAAUGGACUGAGGUGUGCUGCUGCCGGGCAACAGGGCGUAACGGCACACCUGCCCCUCUUCUUCCCCGCCGAUGACCCCCACCGCAGCCUGAGUCGGAACGGCGGAAGCCGAGUGCGUCCGUUCUCGCCCGCACAUCCGACCGUGCUCUUUAUUCUACCUCAAACACGGAGCAGGGCGCCGACGGAAGACAGCGCCGUCGUCGACGUGCAUCCCCUUUGCCACCCUGCUCUGAGAGAGCGGACCCUCAGGAGGCUCGCGGAGUCCGGGGGCCUGCAGCUGCUGAUCGACCAGUGGGGCCACAGCAGCCUGGAGGAACUGGAGGCCUUCAUAGACACGUACUUCGAGAUGGUGUGGGAGAAAACCAUGGGCUCGUUUCCGACGGCCGAGCCCGAGUCCGCUGCGGUCGAGGAGGAGGACGAGGUGCUCUCGUCCAUCGACAGGAAACUGUCAAAGCUGGAGCUCCUUGACGAGAUCAGGGGCGACCUGGCGAAGCUCAGGGAGAGUCUGGAGCGCAGCUGGAUGGUCAUUCAGGAACUCAGGGACAAAAGUAAAGGAGACCCCAAUAAUACAUGUUAAUACAGGGGGAAAUCCAUAUUCGAACAUGGAGGUAGUAAGGUUGUACCCCACUUUAUUUAUUUGCUAACGUUUUUUUGCAUUAACAAUGCAAAGUAUAAUUCAUCAUAAUAUAUUUUUCAUAGGUUAAUAAGAUAAGAUAACACUUUAUUGAACCCGGGGGGUUGAUACAUCAAUCUAUAAUACAAAUGUCUAAUAUACUACAUUUUGAAAAGGUCAUUCUGACAAAUAAGGAUAUAUAUAGAUAUCUAUAUCUAUAUCUAUCUAUAUAGAUAUAGAUAUAUAUAUCUAUAUAUAUAUACACGCUUCUGUACUUUUUGAAUUCAGGACUGUAUUGACUGUUUUUAAAUUUUUUUUUUUUUACCUUAGAUCUCUUCCUCCACCAUUAUAGUGUUGUUCUUAUAUUUCUCCACAAGGGGGAGCCCUUGUAUAAGAAUGGGCCUUGCAUUAUAUGUAAACUUGUGUCCACUCAUCCACCAGAAUACAUUUGUUUUUCUUAGAAAUCUUGGACUAGACAAAGCGAGUUUGAUUCUGAGUUAAAAAAUGGCAGUUGAAUUUACAUUUCCGAUUAUCUUCAAUAUGCACAAAUAUACACUUGCGAUACAUAAUAUACACGUGUAAAAAUCUUUAGUUUUUUGUUAAGUCUAAUUCCCGGGCAAAAUUUACUUUGUGUCGGUCUUGUUUUGACUAAACAGUGUUUCUAACAAUUUACUCUGAAAUAAUAAAGCAGAGCAGCACCACAGACAGUAA